AUGGCGCAACAGGGAAACUUGACGCCAGCGGACGAGCUGUGGAUGAAGGACCUCACACUCGUGUUUGUGUUCAGUGGCGGGGGUGAUGGUGGUGAUGUUGGCGAUGGAGAGGGUGUGGGGUUGCCGCGAAAGCGCGUACUCCUUGGCAUGAAGAAGCGCGGCUUUGGGUCCGACCGGUUCAACGGGUUCGGCGGAAAGGUUGAACCCGGGGAGACCGUGGAGCAGGGCGCCGUCCGUGAACUCAAGGAGGAGAGCUUCUUGGAUGCGCAGGCGAUGGAGCCCCGGGGCCAGAUUUACUUUGAGUUUGAGGGCAGCCCAAAAGUGCUGCACGUGCACGUGUUUGAAGCCACCGCUUGGACUGGGGACGCCGCCGAAUCUGACGAGAUGCGUCCAGAAUGGUUUGACGUUGCUUCCAUCCCCUUCGACCGCAUGUGGGCCGACGACCGCUUCUGGUUCCCGCGCCUCUUGGCAGCGACACCGUUCACCGGGUACUUCCUGUUCCGCGGCGAGCAAACCAUUCUCACGCACGUGCUUGAGGACGGCGGCGAUGUGAGCUUUGAUCGUCUCCGCACCACCGCCCUCAAGCAACUGCAGGAGCAAUAGACAAGCAAGCAAUACAUACGUGCGUGUAUACAUGUGUGUGUGUGUGUGUGUGUGU